AUGAGCGGACAGGCGGCAAGCUACUAUCAGGAGGACCAGGUGCGUCCUGCUCCUGAAAACCAGCAGUACAAUAACAACUACAACGGCAAAGACUACCAACAACAAUAUUCGCCCGAGAAACCGGCGCCACCACCGCCGGAUCAGUCGACUUGGAACUACGAUCAGGCCUUUAAAAUUGAAAAACCAAAGUUCAAUGAUAUCUGGGCUGGUCUGCUGCUCAUUGCCGUUUUCCUCGGCUACGUUGCCGUCUCGGGUAUCUCUAUCCACGAGUAUGCCAGCUCUCGCGGAUUUAAUGGAGGGGGCAUCUACGGGGCCACCAACGAUUUUGGACUCAAUACCAACACCUUGAUUUUAUUUGUUUUUGUGCUCUGUGUGGCACUUGCCUUUUCAUGGGCCUACUUCCUUGGCGCCCGUUACUUUACAAAGCAGUUUAUUUGGAUUACGGGGAUCCUAAACUGCGUCUUCGCGCUGGGCACAGCGAUUUAUUAUCUUUAUAGGAAGCAAUGGGGCGCUGGCAUUGUAUUUCUCAUCUUUGGCAUAUUUGCUGUGAUCUGUUUUAUCAGCUGGAUCCCGCGCAUUCCAUUCAGUGUGGUCAUGCUGCAGACAGCUAUCGACGUGUCACGCAACUACGGACAUAUUUUUAUUGUCAGCGCGAUUGGAGGUUUUUUCGCACUUGCUUUUUCUGCAUGGUUCUCUGUCACACUGGUUUCGAUUUACGUGGCGUACGAGCCUAACGGCAGCGGAACGAAUCCUUCAUGCGGCCCAGGCGGUUGUAGCAGUGCCAAGGUCAUCGGUCUCGUCGUUUUUGUCACUUUUGCCAUGUACUGGGUCAGUGAGUGGCUGAAAAACACAAUCCAUGCUACGGUUGCCGGUGUAUACGGAUCGUGGUACUUCUGGAGCAAUGCGCCCGGCGGUAUGCCGAAAGGCGCCACUCGAGGCGCCUUCAAACGCGCUAGUACUUACUCCUUUGGAAGUAUCAGUUUUGGGAGCUUGAUUAUAGCAAUUGUCAAUAUGAUGAGACAAGCUUGUUCUAUCGCCCAGCAACACGAAGCCGCCGAGGGGAACAUAGUCGGUAGCAUUUUCGUUUGGAUUCUUGGAUGCUUUAUUGCUCUGCUCGACUGGCUUGUUCGAUUCUUCAACCGCUACGCAUUUAUUCAUAUUGCUCUUUACGGAAAGGCGUACAUACCAGCAGCGAAAGAUACGUGGACAAUGAUGAAGGAUCGCGGAAUUGAUGCGUUGAUCAAUGAUUGUCUGAUCGGGCCAGUGCUGAGCAUGGGUUCUGUUUUUGUUUCAUAUCUUUGUGCUUUGCUGGCAUAUUUGUACCUUGAGUUCACGAAACCAAGCUACAACUCCACGGGUACAUUUACUGCAGUCAUCAUGGCGUAUUCAUUUGUCAUUGGACUCCAGAUUUGUCAGAUCUUUUUGACUCCGAUUGGCAGUGGUGUCGACACCAUCUUCGUGGCCAUGGCGUGGAACCCGGAGAUUCUUAUGCGUGACCACCCCGAUAUUUACCACCAGAUUGUGCAGCGGUAUCCACGCGUUCAAGAAAUGAUUCAUGCUUGA